AUGUCAUCUAUCCCGAUUCUCUCGUUAAUUCAAACGAAUUUAAUACGUUAUGGAACAUUAGUUGUCUUAAUAUUUGGUUUUGUUGGUAAUAUCGGUGUUGUGUAUUUAUUCAGUCAUCAUCAUAAAAAUGGUUGUGCACUUUAUUUAUUAUGCGCAGCAUUGUUUAAUAUUAUUUAUUUAUCUGUUAGUAUUCCGUAUGGAUUAUAUGUUUUGGAUAAUUUUGAUCCAUCAAGUUCAUCUCUCUAUGUUUGUAAAUCACGUUUCUUCUUUUUUCAUGUUUGGGGACAAGUAUCGAGAUAUUUUGUUAUUCUCGCGUGUGUUGAUCGUUUCCUUUUGACACAUCGAAAUGCAACGAUCCGAAAUUUCAGUCACAUAAACAAAACUCGAAUUCUCAUCGUGAUUUCAAUCAUCUUUUGGCAUGUUUUUCCCAUUCAUAUCUUCAUUAUGACGACAAUUCAAAAUGGUCGUUGCGGUUACUUUGGUCUUUAUUACAUAUUGAAUAGCGUUUAUACUCUCAUAUUUGUUGGUUUUCUUCCUCCGAUCUUGAUGGUUAUUUUUGGAUAUUUAUCCUUUCGAAAUGUGAGUCAGAUGCGAACACGAAUUCAACCAUCUGGAACAACAAUUACAAAUCAUCAAGGAAAUGCAAUUCAACAAAAAGAUCGAAGUUUAUUGAAAAUGUUGCUGUCAGAAGUGUCAGUUUAUGUUGUAACGAUGAGUCUUUAUCCAAUUAUCCUUUUGGAAAUCUCUUUGACAAAUUCGAUGAAUAUUCAAAAGUCUCCUCAAAGAAGUCAAAUUGAAAAUUUUAUUUCAUUUUUAUCAUUAUUUCUUAUUUAUUUGAACACAUCAGCACCAUUUUAUAUUUAUUUCGUCGUUUCCAAAUCCUUUCGACAUGACGUGAGAGAAUCGUUUAAGAAACUUUACAAAUUUAUAUUAAGAAAAUAA